AUGUCUGGAAACAAUCUCCAUGAGAAGGGACGCCUUACUGAGAGCAUUGAGAUGUUCACCAAAGCUUUGGAGGAUGGUGCAUCUGGAGAGAUUAUUCCUCUAUAUAAUCGUGCACUGGCCACUACUAUAAAGAAAGACAGUGGUUAUAUCACUCGAGCAUUGGCUGACCUGGAAAAGGCUGACAAGGCUCAUGAAACGUCAUCUUCUCAUACUAAAGAAUGGUCUGCCUUUUAUAAGAGACUGAAUAUCACUGUUGACGUCAACAGCAACAAAACCAAAGACAAAGAGCUGAAGAAGUGCUAUGAAUGUCAGGUGGUCUACGGUACGACUGUCAGUUUUGCAGCUGAUUGGCUGAGACAACGUGUUCAUAUACAAGACUUGAAACCUAACAGAGAGUUUCAGUGUGUUAUAGUGGAUGAGGUGGACUCAUUAAUGCUGGACAAAGGUCUUGAAGUGGUUUAUUUGAGCACUGAGAUUCCUCUAAUGGAAUCUCUCAAUGCAAUAUUGGCAAAGAUCUGGUUUGUCAUCAAUCAGCUGAAGCGUUUAGACACUGGAGAGAUUUUAGGCCCCAUUCAGCUCCUCUCUCAGCUUCUGUCUGAAAUCAUUACUGAAAAUAAAAGCAUUGAUCAACUCAAUAUUGUGCAGAUGGCUGUGAAAUCAGGAAUUAAGCCUAUAAAAACUAAGCAAAUGCAAGAAAACAUGACACAUGUUCUAAAACAGCUUGAUAAUGCAAGUGUUGUGCAAAUGGUGGCAUUUUUAACCAUGUUUGUGGGAAAAUUUCCUGAGCAUUUCUUUAAACUGUACCAGGAAGCGCCUGAUGGGACUUUACAGAAACUGAAUGAAUUCAGUUCCACAGGUACAAAUAAAAGACAAGAAAUAUCUGUUCUGCUCCUCGGAAAUGGACAAUGUCGUUUAGUGUACUAUGAGGAGGACUCUCUAGUUAAAUCAUUGGGUAAAAUGAUUAAAAAGCAUUAUCAGUCUGAGGCAAUAAAGGAACCAAAAGAAUCUUGUAUCCCAGACCUUCAAGAUCUCAUCAAUGGGAACGUACAAACUUGGAUUGAAAAUGCUCUGCUAGCUACAAAAAGGAAUCUCGGCCAUGAAUAUGUCCUUCAUGGAGAUGGAGUCGCUCCUGUCGAUUACAAAUGCACUGGUGUCGUGCAGAACAACAUGAGAUGGGGGGAAGGACUUCAGCAGUUUCUGGAGAUGAAACACCAAACUAAACUCUCCAACAUGAGUCUAAUAACAAACUUCAUGUCUAAUUUUGGCUUAUUUAAGAAAUACAAAAAAAGCGUCUAUGGGAUCACAGGAACUUUGGGGGACCAAACAGAGCUUGACAUGCUGAAGAAACUCUACAAUGGCAUUGAGACGUGUAAGAUCCCUUUAUUUAGACAAAGGAAACUUUAUGAGUUGGAGGGUUUGGUGAUAGCUGAAGAAGACGAGUGGAUCAGAACCGUCUGUAAUGUUGUUAAGCAUCAAGUGAUCUCCACAGUUUAUCGAGGUCCACGAGCAGCUCUCGUCAUCUGUGAAACCAUCAAUCAUGCAGAAAUAUUUCACAAGACUCUUAAAAAUAAACUAAACAGAAAACUAAAACUAUAUGUAAAUAACAACAUGAAUAACUCUACAAUAAUAAAUAAAACUGUCCAAGCAGGGGACGUCAUCAUUGCAACUAAUCUAGCAGGUCGAGGUACAGACCUAAAGGUCAGUGAAAGUGUAAAUGAGGCUGGAGGUCUGUUUGUGGUGCAAACCUUCUUACCUCUGAACGUCCGUGUCGAACAGCAAGCAUUUGGAAGAACGGCUCGUCAAGGGAGUCCAGGAUCUGCUCAACUCAUCAUGUGUGCCAGUCAUUUCUCUGACUCUGUAAAAAGGGUGAUGGCAUCUUCCACUAACUUACUUGACCCUCUGUGUUGUUUAAUAAAGGAGAUGUCACAUUGUUUCACAGAAGAACUAUUUGUUGAAGCAGUUAAUCAGUACCUGGAAAAUCACAGCUCUCCUAAUCAUGAGGCGAUGGUCUCUGCCCUAACAGCUGUCUUAACCAUGAAUUCAUAUCCAUUUCAGGAAAGUAAUCUGGAACAGGCAAAAGUCGCCAGAAACACUGAGGUUGAGAUUAGGCUCUCUGGGUUUCUUAAAGACAUUCAACAAAUCAUAAAAAAGGAAGAGCUUUUUUCUGUCUACCUUGAUGUCUUGGACAACAUUUACAAAGACAUCUAUGUCUUUCUUUCCAACCAGCUUGAUGUAAUCGUGUCCUCUCUUAAUGAGUGCUGGGGUUCGUGGCUCCUGGUGCACUUUAGUGAGGAAAAGGACAUUGAAAUGAUGAAGGAACAUCUGAAGGUAGCCUUGAUGACUGCAAACCUAAAGCUUUUGACUAAACAGUCUCCAUCCUCCAUGGUCUACUAUUACAUCAGGUCUGGAAACAAUCUCCGUGAGAAAGGAUACCUUACUGAGAGCAUUGAGAUGUUCACCAAAGCUUUGGAGGAUGGUGCAUCUGGGGAGAUUAUUCCUCUCUAUAAUCGUGCACUGACCACUAUUAAGAAGAAAGACACUGGUUAUAUCACUCAAGCAUUGGCUGAUCUAGAAAAGGCUGACAAGGCAAUAAACUCAUACAAGUCUCAUCUGGCACAGAUUCUAAAAUAUGCAGAAUUAUCAAGCCAGGAGCAGAAAGUAGAAGUUAAUACUUUGCUCACCAAACAGUUUCAAGUGAAGUGUAUGGUUUUAGAACAACUCAAGAUGAACAUUCAAGAUGCUGUAGUGAUGUUGAAGAGAGCCGAAAGCAGAGGAGGAAAUGUAAAACUGACUGAAAAACUUACAUUUUUUCUUGCAGAACACUUUAUUUUUCGUUCUCCAAGACUUCUGAAAGAGCUGCCAAUGGAAUAUGAAUAUGUCAAGUCACUGGGUCUUGACACCAUUUUCUCUUUGGAUACCAUAUUUUCAUUCAGUGGAUUUUUGUCAAAGAUGAUAAAAGUGUUUUAA